GAACCCUUGGGUCGAGAUGCGAUCGCAACUGCUCUCCGUCGGCUGUCUGCUGAUCCUCGUUCUGCUGCUGGGCUCCUCGUGCAGUGGAACCGGAAAGGUGAUAUAUUUCAACCAAUUGAACAGCACCCAAUCCGAGGAGUUGGCCAAAAACAACACGGGCAGCGUGGGCAAGGGCAUGCUCUUCGAUACGCGGGGAAAUCGCUGUCGCCAUGGCUUCAUUCGCGAUCACCAUGGACGUUGUAGAAGGAUUGUCUAAAAAUGGAAUCUCCCACUUGGCUUAGUUAAUUUUAAAUUAGUGUUUAUGUUAAGUCUGUGCGCCUUCAGAGAUUAAAUGGAAAGCCUAAGCAAACUGUCUGCUGAUCUUGUAAAUACUAUAUGACAGAUAGCGAAAAGUUAAGCAAAUACUAUUCGGGUCCUCUUAGUAACCAAGCUCUAGUUAUAUGACAUUAACCUAUAUUGUUUUUUUUCAAAUUUAAAAUGGAACAUUGUUUAAAAAAAGCUUUAUUAAUUAUCUUUCUAUUGCUGGUGUGCCAAAUUUAUCAAUAUUAUCAAAUCUUUUGUAAGAGUGAAUUAAUAUUUAAUUAAAUUAAAAUAUUAAACAAAAUUAAGUAAACUA